AUGAAGAUCACUAUUACUCUUCUGGCUUUAGUGGCCCUGGCCUACUCAGCACCUCAACCGAGGAAGCUGUUCCACGAACACUAUGAAGACUUUAUAUAUCUUAUUAUGGAAGAAGCUGGAGAGGAUAUUCAAGAGCUAGCAGCACAAUAUGUUCAGUUUGAAGAAUUUAGAGUAAGCUUGAAUUACAUGCAGACUUCUGACUUCAAAAAUUUGGUGUACGAAAUGGAAGACUUACCUGAAUUCAAAGCCGUUGUGCAGUUUUUGGAGGGCCACAACAUUGACAUUGUUUUCUUCGUUAAUGUUAUUAACGAUCUUGUUGAUGGCAUACAAAGAAGGAGCACUCGCAAUGUUGCAAGCGGCAAAGACAUGAGUUCAUUCGUUAAGGACUGCAUUGCCAAGUUUCCUAAGGAAAAGUUGGUGGCCCUUUUCGAAGAGAAGAAAGCUGAGGACGAAAGCUUCAAAGUAGCUAUGGAGAGCUUUGAACUGGAAGAAUGGAAUCAGAUUUACUCAGCUUUGUGGGAAAAUGAGGUUUUUAAACAAGAAGUCGAAGUUUUAUUGGGGUAUGGUAUUGAUAUAGCUGUUCUUCUGGAUGAAGCUGUCGCUAUCCUGGGAAUUUUUAAGUAA